AUGACAAGUGGAAAGCCACACCCUUCGUUCAACCCCACAUUUUGGCACAGAGUGGAGACGUACGGACGACAUUACUUACAUUUAUCAUUCUAUCCGGAUGAGACGAUAUUCCGUAACGAAUCUAUAUUUCCAUUAUUCCUACUGGCUAAAGACAUCACGGACAUUAGCCUUUCACAUGCUUUUUCAGCUGGCGCUGAUGUCAGUGCCCGUGUCAGUACCCGUGUCAGUACCAUCUAUUAUCCAACUGAUGGCACCUCGCUCGUGAUACACAAGACUCUCUUCUAUGUUACCCUAGACAUUCGCGCACUUCAAAUGCAGUACAGAGGCUUAAAGUGGUCAUUAGGAUUAUUCAGCCCUCGUAUUAUGGGUUCUUUUCUUUCACAGGACUUCUACUAG